CCAUUCAAUCAUACAGCGACAAUUUACAAGCUUCGCUCAAUUGAACUUGAGGAAAUCCGCAGUGAUGCAGAAGUCCUGCGGAUCGUCAGCUAUGAGAGGCCUACGGGCUGCCACUUGGGCAAAGAAAGCGCCCAUCGCCAAUUCUGCCCCCAGAAGGGCCAUCUCUGACAUUACCAUUACACGAACCGGAAAGCCCAUCAUACGGACCCAGGGUGGCAGGUCAGUACCCUCCCUCGAUCAAUUGGAUUCCAUAUUAAUUUCUUAUCCUGCAGAUCUUCUCUUGGAGGUAUGUAACCACCAGGCGACGGAAGCUACGCCAGACUCAACGGUUUCUAGGACACACUGUUACGGUUUUCGGCGCAACUGGUUUCUUGGGACGAUACAUCGUGAACAGACUUGGUACGAGACUCCGAGAGUAGAAAUGCUGGUGGGAUAUUGGGACUGAUAGAGUUAUACAGCAAGACAAGGAUGUACGGUUAUUGUGCCCUUCCGAGAGGAAAUGGCAAAGCGCCAUUUAAAGGUUUCUGGAGAUUUAGGAAGGGUUGUUUUCAUUGUACGAGGAACUCCUGAUCCCGACAUCAAGGGAGGUGCUGACGAAAUUUCAAGGAAUACGAUCUCCGAAAUACUCAAUCGUUAGAAGAGAGCGUUAGACACUCUGAUGUGGUUUACAAUCUCGUUGGCCGAAAUUACCCCACCAAGUAAGCGUGGAAAAAGUAAUAAUUAGGGACCCUCGGGACUAAUAUUCGUUUUAGGAACUUCGAUUUGGAAGACGUACAUGUUGAGGGUGCUGAACGUAUUGCCGAAGCUGUUGCAAAGUAUGAUGUGGACCGAUUCAUCCACGUUUCUUCUUUCAACGCAGAUAUCAAUUCGCCCUCAGAAUUUUUCCGUACCAAGGUAAGAAUAAAUUUAUGACUAUAGUAUUCCAUACUAAAAGAAGCAGGCGCGAGGUGAAGCUGUUGUACGAGACAUUUUCCCAGAAACCACAAUCGUCAGACCAGCUCCAUUGUUUGGUUUCGAGGAUCAUCUACUUCACAAACUUGCAGGCGUUACCAACCUUUUCACAUCAAACUACAUGCAAGAGCGUUACUGGCCUGUUCAUGUUAUUGAUGUUGGUAUGGCUCUCGAAAAGAUGCUUCAAGAUGAUAGUACUGCCCAACAAACCUAUGAGUUGUACGGACCAAAGAACUACUCAACGGAAGAAAUUGCUGCUCUCGUCGACAAAGAAAUCAUCAAGCACCGCCGACAUAUCAACAUUCCCAAAGGCAUCCUCAAGCCAAUUGCUGGCGUUCUCGAAAAGGCACUUUGGUGGAAUGUGCUUUCCGCAGAUGAAAUUGAGCGUGAAUUUAUUGACCAAAAGAUUGAUCCUACGGCAAAGACUUUCAAGGAUCUUGGAAUAGAGCCAGCAGAGUUGAGCAGUCUUACAUUCCAUUACUUGGUAAGCUACUACUCAUCUUUUUACUGUUUUGUAAUACUAACAGUCUUGUAGCUAGGAUAUAGAAGCUCGCAAUACAGUGACUUGCCACCAGCAACGGAGCGUGAGAAGAGGGAACAGAGAAAGUAUUUACAUGUGCUCGACGAUCAGUAGUUUCUUUCCUCGUGAAAGACAUGUUUUUACAACGGAGUUUGUGAUUUGUACAUAGGCAGAAUUAGAAAAGACAACUGCAACUUUGAUUAGAGAACACA